CUUCAAUCAAAUCUAGAAAAAGUAUUGCAAUAUUUGUGCGUUUAAUCUAUUCAUCUGAUUAUUAUAUCUGGAAAUUUAAGACAUGUCUGCCCCGGACUCGGAACUCGAAUUCGCCAACAAAGUAGUACUAAUCACGGGCUCGAGCUCAGGGCUCGGCGCCCAAAUGGCCCGGGAGUUCGCCAAACGGGGCGCCCAAGUGGUGAUCACUGGUCGCAAUCAGGACAGGGUGUGCGAGGUGGCCGAGUCGUGCGACGGACUGUCCCCACUAGGGCUGAUAGCCCUCCAGGUGGUGGCCGACGUCACGAAAGACGAGGAUGUCAGGCGUCUGGUGGGCGUCACUGUCGACAACUACGGCCAGUUGGAUGUGCUGGUGAACAACGCGGGCGCCGGUAGCUUUGGCACACUGGACAACCCGAAGCUGUUGGACCAGUUGGACCACAUGUUUAAGCUGGACGUGCGGUCGGUGGUCCAGUUGACCCAACUGGCCGCUCCCCACUUGGAGAAGACCAAGGGUGCCAUUGUUAACGUAUCGUCGGUGUGCGGGGUUAAGCCGAGGGAGCUACAGUACGCGGGCUGUUCGGCCUACUGUAUGGCCAAGACCUCGAUUGACAUGUUCACCAAAUGUAUUUCCCUGGAGUUGGGGCCCAAAGGCAUACGGGUUAACGUAAUCAAUCCGACAGCGGUGCGCACCGGCUUUCAAGAGAACUCGGGGGCCGGGGAUGUGUUCAACGGGUUUGUGGCCCACUUGGAGCAGACGUGUCCGUUAGGCAAACUCCCGGAGCCCGUGGACAUCGCCAACGCCGUCCUAUUCCUGGCCUCCAGUAAGAGCGCCUUCAUUACGGGUGUGGCCCUACCCGUCGACUGCGGGACAUUAUUGGAAUACAGUAAUACCCGGCACAGGGAGCCUGUCGUGCCAAACACCGUACACUACAUCCUAUUCACGGUACGGGAGAUACAGUUCGCGCACUUCCUAUCCAUACUAUCGGUGCUCCGUAACCACAGGCCGGACCUCAUAUACAUUCACUGCGAUUGCCAUCGACUGUCGGGAAAGUACUUCCAAAGGGUGUCCGCAAUACUCCCCAAAACCAAUACCCGGCUCAUUGUCCGUCGUAUUGAAAAGCCUACGCAUAUAUUCUCGCAUAAACUGCGACCGGAGUGGUCGGACUGGCACGGGUCGGACCUGACCCGGCUCAGACUACUGGCCCAGUACGGGGGCGUAUACCUGGACACCGAUGUAUACGUUGUUAAGCCGUUGCACGAGUUUUUUCACUACGACUUUACCGUCGACUUUCAGGUGCCGUACGUAAUGCUCGGCAAUCAGGUGCUCAUAGCCCGUGCCAACGCUACGGCGCUGGACCUAUGGAUCGGUACGUACCGGUACUACGACCCCGACAGUUGGUACUAUAAUGCCGGUGAACUACCGGUGCGAUUAGUGAUGAAUGAGAGGCCGGAAUUAGUGCAUAGGCUUAAUGGCGAGUUUGGGGCGCAAGGUACUUUUGUUUGCUCAAUGUUGUAUUACGAGUACCAUGGUGAUUGGCGUGCCAAGUAUUACGCGGUGCAUAUGGCUAUCAGGGAUGAUUUGUUGGCGCCUACAGGUCAAAACGAUCCGUACUUAGUGAACACCCCUUAUUGCCGUAUAAUCCGAUGGCCACUAUUUGACACCGACGUCGUCGCCCUAUACGCCAACAAAUCGGGCAAAAGUAUCGCC